AUGCGCGGGGUCAGGAGGGCGGCGGCGGCGGCGGCUCCCCCCCGGCGCACUCACCCCGGAGCCGCCCGGGCCCCGCUCUCGGCUCCUCCCGCCGCCUCCGCCGGGCUCGUUAUUGACUUUCAGGAAAACUCCCGACGUCACCGGCUCCCCCCGAGUGUCUCCCCCUCCGCGGCGGUGGCGGCGGCGGCGGCGGCAUCCCCGGCUCUCGCGAGAAGCGCGGCGGGGACGGGGGGGCCGCCAGACAGCGCGGGGGGAGCCAGACAGAGGGGGGCGGCUGAGUUACACAGCCCCCCGCCCCGAGCUUGCCCUGGUACCCGGAGCGGUCCACUUGGCUCUGCAAAGUCCUCCAGGAAUAGAACUACCGGUUACGCCGCAGGAAGCCGUAAUUCAUCCCUCGCUGAAGUGUUUAGUGGAUGCGCCAGCCUCAGUGUUGCUAAAUUAUCUGCAGGCUUCGCCUUACCCCGUCGGGCAAAUAAACACCUAGAGAAAGCGAACACCAGCGCUGUCGAGCCUCUGGCUCUUCCCUUUGCCGCAAGCAGCGUGGGAGCGGGGCCGGUGCGAGCCGAGCAGCCGUGCUGCAGGGCUGGGCACGGCGCUCUCCCGGCGCGGCGGGGCUGCCCCUGGGCCGGGGAUGCCCGGCCUGCUGCUCCCUGCCGCAGCCACCGCCGAGCCCUCCUGCAGCCCUCAGCUGUGCCUGAGCUCCAUCGCUACCGUGCCCUCGACGCUUUGUUCCACGGCUAAGUGGCUGUGUGUACGCGUAUUGCAGGAGUUUCGUGCACAUAAGGAUGUCUUCUAUCGAUUAUGGUUUCAAUAAUAUGAAAAAAAAUUCAUUUUCUGUAGGAAUGCACCUAUUUAUACACGCAAUUCACACUGACCUGUGUCAGAACCUGUUACUGCAGAGGAGGAAUAGAUAUUUAGGGUUGCUUGAAAUGCAACUAUUUGCUCUGUAAAAAUGCACACACAAAAAAACUACACUAAAAAAAAAAAAAACCACCCGAAAAUGUUUCUCCAGCAUGAACUUCAUCUUUAAUUUUUAAGUUUUCCUUCCUCUCAUAUCCCAUCUUCUACAACUGUUUGAAACAUCAGACUUCCUAUUCUCUGUACCACUACAGGGCUUCAGAGAGGUUUUUUGAGAAUCUAAAUAAUCAUAUGAGUUGGCACAGGACUGGAAAUUUGCCUCCGGGGGCACUGAAUCCUUUCCCUGCUGCGGCAAGCAACCACACCAAUAAUCCCAUUCAUAAAUAUGCUGAGUUCCCUCUUAGAACUAUGAAGUUUGUUUGCCACACUCUUCUCGCUAGCAGGCUACAACCUAAGCUCUCUGUCCUCCUAACUCUGAAGAAAAACAAAAUUUAUACUGCAUUUAAUUAAUGUGUAUUUUUGAAAAAUAGUUUUAAAAGGACCUUGCCAAGUGUUACUUCCUUUCCCAGAAUUUACCGUUCGGUCUUCCUCUUUCUCAGAAGCACUUUAGUAAAGUGAGCAUCUUAUUAACCAUCAAUAUUCACAGAGAACCAUAGUAUCAAUUAUUAAAAUAUGUUUAUUCA